AAAAAGUGGAAGAGGAGUCCAGAGAGAAGACGACGUCUCGCUUGUCUGGGAAGGUUUCAAGGCGAAUCCAGUAAAGCAAAGUCCCCCAAACAGGCAGUGAAUGGAAAAUGCCACGUUCCUUUUUGGUGAAGAGCAAAAAGGCUCAUAGCUAUCAUCAGCAGCGCUUCGUGGAAGAUGACCUGCCUAUACUCACGUGGAAUCCAAUAACGUCUCCCUUCACUGCCGUAGGAGACAAGACACCGGAGGACAUCAAGAAACAGGACCUGGAAUAUGUGGUUCCAAAGCAAGAAAAGGACCCAUCUGAACUGAAGGAAGAAAGCGUCCCUGUCCAGUACCUGAGCAGGAUGCUGCCAGGCCCAUCAGCUCAAGAUUCAGAGAUGGCCAUCCCCGACGUGCAGAUCAAAGACUGCACUAACACAGCAAGCACCCCUACCUUCUACAAAACUGGCUUUUCUUGGGAUGCUUUCCAUUUUCCAUACAGCUACCGACAGAUGUCUUCCACCAUGCAGUCAGCCCUCCUGGAGCACCCAGUUAGUCUGUACGGAAGCCACCUCCUGCCAAGCACAGAGCCCCCUCUGGAUUACAACAUGCAUUACUCCUCGGACCUGGAGACCUACCACUGUGUAAAGUGCAACAAGGUAUUCUCCACUCCCCAUGGACUAGAGGUUCAUGUCCGAAGGUCUCACAGUGGGACCCGUCCAUUUGCUUGUGAAGUAUGUGGUAAAACCUUUGGACACGCCGUAAGCCUGGAGCAGCACACCAAUAUUCACUCCCAGGAAAGAAGCUUUGAGUGCAAGAUGUGUGGGAAGACAUUCAAACGUUCUUCCACCCUCUCCACUCAUCUCCUGAUCCAUUCAGACACGCGGCCCUAUCCCUGCCAAUAUUGUGGCAAGCGCUUCCACCAGAAGUCGGAUAUGAAGAAACACACUUACAUCCACACUGGGGAGAAGCCCCACAAAUGCCAGGUGUGUGGCAAAGCCUUCAGCCAGAGCUCCAACCUCAUCACUCACAGCCGCAAGCACACCGGCUUCAAGCCCUUCAGCUGUGAGCUCUGUGCCAAGGGCUUCCAGCGCAAGGUGGACCUGCGGAGGCACCGGGAGACCCAACACAGUCUCAAGUGAGGGCUGGCACCAGGUCUUUGCUGGAGCUCCCACUGCCAGUGCAUGCUCCAGGGAAGAAGACUCUCCCCAGCAUUUCCAUCCAGCAUGGGGCUGCCCAUCUCAUAAAACUCAUAUAUGUUCCUAUGUUCCCCUGGGGACUGGCAAAGUUGACAUUGGUUUUGGUGUUCUGGCAGCCCAGGGCCUUGCACAUCCUAGUAGGUGACAAAGAAACAUGUGGGAGCUCUCACUUUUCAAUUAUAACAGGUACCAGCCCAGAUCUGACAUCACCUGUUCAAGGGCAAAUCCAGAGGAAUUCCUCCAAAGCCACAAUUACUCCAGGUUUACACAGUGUGCAGAAUCCGGUUCAUCAGACUGACCAGCAGUGAGAGGGGAACCCCUGGGCUAGUGGCAGCAACAAUCUGUGCCAAGCUAGUGCUGUACCCAUGUUCUGCUUUGAUGGUUAGGAAGAUAAGGCUAGGGCAUGCAAAUAGAUUGCAUUCAGUGAGCUGUGUUGAACCUGGACAGGGCCUCUGCAGAGACUUGCCCAGGUCAUAAAUUCUGGCAACUGACACCUAAAGUCAUUUUCUUUCAGCAGAACAUUUACUGUGAUCAAAUGACAAGUUAACUGUGUUGUAUUUUUAGCUUGGAGUGGGAGGAAAAUACUGAAAAAUCAGCUUCUAUCUGUAGCUGAUAACAGGGGUCUCCACAUGCAUUCCUCAUACGCACCGUGCUGCAAAGAUCCUGGGUUAGUGGCAACCAAGUGAGCUCCAGGAAGAGCCAUGCCACAGCACUAGGCAUAAACUAAACAGCCCCAUGUGUCAGUACUAUGCAAGAGAGACUGGCUGCUCUUGAAAUCCAGGCCGGUAUGUCCCACAAUAUUUCACUGCAUGCUGGACAUACCGAUUUAGAGCUGUCCUGGGCAAUCCUGUGUCACUGCAUGAUCAGGAACAGCCCUUGGAUACUGAUGUCAAGAGCCAGAGUUCUCCUUUCCAUCCACUCUCUUAAAUGAGGAAGUGACCUAGGCUAUACGCAGUGACAUAGUCUGCAGGUGCCUUACAUGUAUUAUACAAACAGAGCAGUGGUAUUUCCUCCUUCUUCCAGGUCUAGAGGUUGAAGCAAAGGACUAGAACAAGUAAAAAGCCAGUUCCCCUCCAAACUCGCACUAUAUGGCAAGUCACUGCACUGGGAUUUUAUUUCUCCACCCCUCCUGGUGAUGUGGUCAUUCACUCGGGUCUGUAGAGUCCCUCGAGUUCUUAACAGAAAGGACAAAGUAUUAUUGUAGCAUUAAUAAGACAAGAGCUUUCAGUUAAGCAGGGCACUGUAGUAGGGCACAGCUCACUCCGUAACUACAUGCCUGAACACAUGGCCUUGGACAAUGACACCGGUGGGAAGUAGCCUAGAGAACUGGGGCACUAGCCAUUUCACUCCAAAUGCUUACGUAAAGCUGCCAUCAUGGGCAAAGGAGAAACGGUCCAAGUGGAAAAUUCAUUUAUUGCCAGGAGAGAAGUUGUCUGUCCUACACCCAGUUACACCACUGUAAAUCCAAAGUUAUUUUUCUAAGACCUAAAAUGUACUUGCCCCUGUGCCUAAGCUGUUAGUCACUAAUAUGCAUUCUGGAAGCUCAAACCAGAGUCUGUACUCCUGGCUUUACUUGUACACUGUAAAUAUGUAUUUAUACUUUUUCUAAUGUAUAUUUUUAUUGCACUAUACCAGACAGUGACAACAUGUACAGGCCUGCUGGGAUUUAUAUGAUAAA